AUGCCCUUUAUUCUAUCUCAAUUUCUGGCUGCCGGAGAAACUCGACUAAAACAUGAAUUCACAGGUGGACUCGUGUAUAAAAGAGAUACUCCAAAUAGAAUCCAUAAGACUUUAAAUGAACGAAAUGAAAAAAUUGUUAUCCUUACUCAACAAAGGGCGGCGUUUGAUGACAUUGAAACCGUUUAUUCUAUCAAUUCAACAUCUGCAAGUGUUUUAUCAAGUCAAAGUUUUCGUACUUCAAUAAACAGUGUUGUAAGCUGCGGAACAAUAGAUGCAGAUUUAUCACUGCCCUCUCGACCGUCAACAGCUUAUCAUAGAAGAUGGAUGUUUACUAGUUUAGCAUUGAAUAAUGAUGAAAGUCAUCAAAUAUGCACUUUUAAUCCUGUUACAAGAGAACAUUCAAUUUAUCCUUCUUCAUAUCAUCCACAUGAACGUUAUUGCCUUUCUCAAGAUAUCUUUGUGGAACCUCCUCCUCCUUAUAAAUCAUAG